GCACCUUCAAACAUGCCAAGAGUUAAAAGGAUUAACGGCUAUUGACGCUUUCAGUUGUCCAUUCUCCCUCCCUCCCUUCACGUCCUGACCAAACCCAUCAAAUUAUCAGUAGAUUAAUCCAUUUGUUAAACCCCAUUGAAAAGACUCCUUCUCGUCUCAUCUGCACCAAGCACGCAAAACCACCAUCCCCCCCAAUUCCAAUUUUCCCUAGAAAAGGAGCGAACUUAUCCCAGAAACAGACAGGUUAGGGUGAGGAUUCACCAUGGACAGACUGGUGAAGCCUGGCGUGAAAGAGGUUGAGUUGGCCUUCAAGCGAGGCCAAAAGUGUACCACCACGUUUCGGCUGACCAACCUAAUGCACACCAUGGCCGUGGCGGUAUCCCUAAACACCACAAACCCCUCCGUCUUCUCUUUCUCCCAGCAAUUCUCUGUAAUCCCACCUCUCUCUUCCUCAUCGUAUUCCCUCGCUUUCUCUCAGACUUCCGAUCAACCCCCUCUCUCUUCCCCUCCUGAUGUCAUCACCGUUCGAUCCUCCAUUCUUCCCACCGGCAAAGCUCACCAGGACGAUCUCCGCCGUCUGUUUGCCAAGCCUGGACCCCACGUUUUCCGUGACGCCAUCAUACCCAUCAACCUUGUGGGUUCCCAUGUUGCCGAAUUCCUUAUUUCCCACCAUGCCCAGAUCCCAGAGACCGAUGUAUUUCUCAACAAAGCACUUUCUGGGUGUACCGACCCGCAGCUCACAGACUUGCUUAGAGCCGCAGUAGUAUAUGGAUCUGCAAAUUUGGUCAACGAUUUGAUUGAUGCUGGUGCUGAUGUGAAUGAUAAGGAUUCAAAUGGACGGUCCAUGAUUGGAUUGGCUAUUCGUGCUGCUGAUCUUGUUAUUUCGAAGGUUUUGAUAGCUUCUGGUUGUAAAAUUGACAAUUCGGUUGACAGAGUUUUGCACGAGGCGGCGGCCAUAAAUAGAGUGGACUUGAUGGAGGUUUUGUUUGCAGGGUUUGGAGAUAUUGAUGUGAAUUCCGUUGACUCGGAUGGCCGGACGCCGAUCCAUGUGGCUGCGGUCAGGGGUUUCGUUGAGGGGAUAAGGUUUUGCGUGCGUGUUGGUGGGAAAGUUGAUGUCUUGGAUUGUAAUGGCUGGAGUCCACUGCACUAUGCCGCAGCGGAAGGGCAUUUGGAGGCUGCGCAGUGUUUGCUGGAAUACUCAAAUGCCAAGUAUGCGCUGAAUAACGACCGGAAGACUGCUUUUGCGCUUGCCGUAGAAAAUGGGCAUUUGCAUAUGCUGGAUUUGUUGCGUUUGGGUGAUGUGUUGCAAAGGGCGGCGAGGGUUGAUGAUGUUCAUGGACUGAAGAGUUGUCUUGCGCAAGGGGCAAACGUGAAUGGAAGGGAUCAGAAUGGUUGGACGCCUCUGCAUCGAGCUGCAUUCAAGGGUAGGAUUGAGUGUGUGAAAAUGUUGCUUAACCAUGGUGCGCAUGUUGAUGUCGUUGAGGAUGCCGGAUACACGCCAUUGCAGUUUGCGGUCGAGGCGGGGCAUGUGCAGGUUGCAUUGCUAUUGGUUACUCGUGGAGCUAAAGCAAAAAUGAAGAAUUUCGAAGGUGUGGUUCCUUCGGAUUUGGGUUGUUUCAAGAAUCACCCCUCUCUUGUUCAACCUCAGUGUAAUGAGCAAGAACGUGCUUGAAUGGAGGAGGGGAUCUUCUGCUUCUUGAACUUUGUUAUUGUAUUCAGCAAUGUGUAUAUAGUGUUUUUGUGAUUUCUCUCUGUACAUCGUGAAUGUUUCACUGAAUGACCGGGGAGAAAGAGAACGUGUUGUGUUCCACCAACAGUCAAGGUGUGCAUCUGUUUUAGAUAAGAGAUCAUAUGGCCCUUGAAUUUUCAAUUCAGUCUAAUGUAUACUUUCAGGAUUAAGUUCGCGACUCCUCUGUAAUCAAGUUGAGGCUUUUAUUUCAAUGUUGGAAACGUAUUCUCUUGCUUGCCU